AUGGGGGUUUGCUCAUGGUGCGAUGUGAACAAUGAGCUGAUGAGUCCAGGGCAUUGCCAAGGAGGUCAGCUCGGAACCAUCCUUCUUCAGAAGAUGGGCUGUUUGGAGAAGGAUAGUCUUUUGAAAGAGUUGGCUGCCAGCUUGCUUGCCGCCGUGCCAAAUUUUUUGCGAAAGCUGGCUGCCAGCUUGCUCGGUGGCGUGCCAGUUUUUGGAAAGAGCUGGCUGCCAGCUUGCUCGGUGGCGUGCCAGCUUUUUUGCGAAAGCUGGCUGCCAGCUUGCUCAGUGGCAAGCCAGUCUUUUGAAAGAGUUGGCUGCCAGCUUGCUUGCUUGUGUGCCAGCUUUUCAAAAGAGCUGGCUGCCAGCUUGCUCGGCGGCGUGCCAGCUCUUUUGCGAAAGCUGGCUGCCAGCUUGCUUGGUGGCGUGACGCGAAAAGCGAAGGAAGAAGUGGUGAAGUGGCUGAAGACAGAAGAUCCGACUUUUGCGGAGCUCCGCAUCAACUUGAAGGAGUUGGGACCGAAACUUGAAAUGAUGGCGAAGUUUCAUUCCGAAAUGGCCAAGUUGACCGAAGGUUUGCCCAAGGAAUAUGUAGCACUCACGACCAAAGGUGCCUCUGAGAGCCUGUCUAUCAUGGCAGGGGUCCUUUGUGCUGCCAGUUGGCAAGAAAUUUUGGGCAUGCCAGAGGGGAAGGCCCAAUUUGACGCCGCAUCUGCCGCUCUCACCAGCCAUGUUCUUUGGUCAAGAAAGAAAUGCAAGCAAAGUGGUUACAACCCAAGCAACCCUCUUAUCCUCUUGGCAAGCAUCAGAAAAAACAGGUGA